GGCUCAGUGCUUAGUUCGAUUUCUUCUCCAAUUAAAGUGGGCAAAAUCGACGCUGCGAUUUACAGCCGAAUCGCGAAAAUGUUCCGCGUCAGUGAAUUCCCUACCAUCCGUUUUAUCGAUGGCGCAGUUUCGGUGAAGUACGCUGGCGAUCGGAGUGCGAGGGACAUUGUGACAUUCGCAUUAAGGGCCCAUGGGCCGGCAGUGAAGACUGUGAAUACCGAAUCGGAUUUCGAAAGAAAUGCCACUUUCUUCUCUUCAGAUCCGUUCUUUGUGUUUAUUGGUGAUAGCGACUCAGAGUUGAAGACUACGUAUCAUCAAAUCGCCGAACAAUUUCGUCUUCUCUCUUGGUUCCUUUCCGCACCUCGAAUCGCAUUACCCGAGCGUUUUUCCAGUUUUGUGGGGCUCAUUGACCCAUUGGAAUCUUCCCUUGUGGUUUUCAAAGAGGAUAGCGCAAUCCCAUAUCCUGGAUGGAGUGCUGUCCCGGAAGAUGACAGGCGUCAACAUUUGACCGAGUGGAUUCUGCGAGAGCGCUUUCCCAUGUUCCAGCGGUUUGAGCUCCCUGGCAUUUGGGAGUUUGGCUCCUCUGAGCUCUCUGCUUCCGCUAACCGGGGCUCGACUACGGACUCCAAUGAUCUGCCUCCUUACCGUCUAAUCGCUUUGUUUCUUGUCCGCGCGUCAAGCGAAAAUGCCAUGACCACCAAGCUUUUGCAAAUGGGCAAAUCGUUAGCAAAGCGGCGUGUACCCUACCUAACGAAACACUUUCAUUUCGGAUGGGCCGACACCACCUCAGAGCUGGCUGACUUCGCCAUGGUCGAUUUGCCCGUUCCCGGCCUCGUUGUCGUGGAUCCGGUCACACGUGAUUUCUACUUGCACUCCACUCAGCCCUUAAACACUCUGGAGGAAGAUGUAUUUAUCAGCUUCCUACAUUCCGUUUCCAAAGGAACAAUUCCAUCCUACGGUGGAAACACACUCGCUGCUCGACUGCACCGGCUCGGUCGCAGACUGCUUUUGGAUAUCACGACAUUUUUCUAUAAUUACCCUCUCAUCUCGCUGUUGAUACUUGGCGUGACGAUAACGCUUGUCAGUUGCAUCGCAUAUGUGUGCUGUUGUCUGGACGAGCUUUAUGAAGAUGCAGAUCACCCUAUGGUCGAAUCUGACCAACCAUCGAAGUCCUCGGGAUCUUCAUCGUUAUCCAAUGCUACCGCCGAAGGGGAUGAUGAGGUCGUGGUGGUACGUCGGGGAACGCAUUCCACACCACGAUUUCUUCGUUCUCCACCAAAGUUCACCAACAUGGGUCCAGUUAUUUCCAAAGAGGCCGUUGAUGCUAAACGUAUGGAAUUUGAGGAGUGGAAGAAAACCCGCUGAUUGUUAAGAACUUGUGCCCACCAUGACCUAGCUCUCUGUGUUCCUCAACGUUAUAUUUCAAGUUUCACGCUAUACUACUAAUCCGGUACUCUUGCCAUCUUGCUCCCAUCCAACGCUGUAACUUCCUUUUUCUCCUCCUGUUAGACGUAUUAUAUAUUCUUUCAUUUUCUGACUAAUGCUCCACAUUUGCUCGACUGCUGGCAAUGUGAACUAGCGCGAGUUCGCCUCUGUGUUUCGUAUCUUAUGUCUUUAUGCAUUGGUGCAUGGUGCAUUUGAAAAGCAUUCACAAAU